AUGGAAAUAGUUGAUGCUAGUAGCUUCCUUGGGAAUGGUACCAACAUUACUGAUUUCCUCUGUGAUAUCAUCUUGGAAAAUGACACUUUUUUCUGUGUGGAUGAUAUACCUUAUCCUUCUAAAGAUUUGCAUCAGAUAAUACGGAUUUUGCUGUAUUGCUUGAUAUUUCUGCUCAGUAUUUUGGGGAACAUUCUGGUGAUUACGGUGCUGAUAAGAAACAAGCGGAUGAGAACAGUCACCAACACAUUUCUGCUGUCACUGGCAGUCAGCGACCUGAUGCUCUGCCUUUUCUGCAUGCCUUUCACCCUCAUUCCCAACCUGCUAAAAGAUUUUAUUUUUGGAAGUGCUGUUUGCAAAACUGCCACUUACUUCAUGGGUAUCUCUGUAAGUGUCUCUACAUUCAACCUGGUUGCCAUAUCUUUGGAGAGGUACAGUGCCAUUUGCAAACCGCUGCAGUCCAGGGUCUGGCAGACAAAAUCUCACGCCCUGAGAGUGAUUGCUGUGACCUGGUGUGUCUCCUUUGCUAUCAUGUCACCAUACCCAAUCUACAGCAAACUGGUACCUUUCACCAAGUACAACAACACCACGGCAAAUAUGUGCCGGCUCCUUUGGCCAAGCGAUGUCAUUCAGCAGUCUUGGUACACUUUCCUGCUACUUACACUCUUUCUUAUUCCUGGCAUUAUAAUGAUGGUUGCGUAUGGUCUAAUUUCUUUGGAGCUCUACAGAGGAAUAAAAUUUGAUGCCAGCCAAAGAAAACCUUCACGAGAAAGAAGAGGAAGUACCUGCAGUGCCAAAUACGAGGAUGGAGAUGGAUGUUACCUCAACAAAACCAAAAGAAAAAGGAAAAUGCCAUUGCAACAGCUCUCUGCUAUGAGCCACAACAAAAUAGAGAGAGUGAGAAGCAACAGUUCUUCUGCCAACUUAAUGGCCAAGAAACUUGUCAUCCGUAUGCUGAUGGUGAUAGUGGUUUUGUUUUUCAUUUGCUGGACCCCCAUCUUCAGUGUCAAUGCCUGGCGAGCCUUCGACACGGCUUCGGCAGACCGGCAUCUCUCAGGGGCUCCCAUCUCCUUCAUCCACCUGCUGUCCUACACUUCUGCCUGCGUGAACCCCAUCAUUUACUGCUUCAUGAACAAGCGUUUCCGCAUGGCCUUCCUGGCCACCUUCACCUGCUGUGCCAAGCAAAAACCCCCCGCAACACGGGGAGAGGCUGGUGAUGAAGAGGAGGGGAAAACUACACGGGCUUCCCUCUCCAAAUGUUCUUACACACACAUGUCUGCAUCUGCACCCCCCUGA